AUGGAGACACUUUGACAUUUAAGUCCAAAUAUUAGUGUUAAGAAAAUAUCGUCGUAUUGAGACACUUUAACGUCAUUUCUCUUCACUUCUUGACCAAAAAAGCUUCUUAAGAAAAAGACAAAAGAGUAAAGACAGAAGAAAAGAAGAGAACUUGAGACCGAAAUCAAUGGCGGUUUCCGUUUCCAUCCUCGCCGUCGUCAUUUCCCUUCACCUCCUUGCUUUCGUCUUCGCCUUCGGCGCCGAGCGUCGCCGUAGCACCGCUGUGGCGAUGCCGGACAUGUACGAUGAGAAGACCUUCUGCAAAUACGGAACAGAGGCGGCGACGGUGUACGGUAUGUCGGCGUUUGGGUUGCUGCUUGUGAGCCAGACGGUGGUUAACGGCGUUACGAAGUGUCUUUGCUUUGGGAAGGGUCUCGUUACUGGUACUUCUUACACAGUCUGGGCUAUUGUCUUCUUCGUCGUCUCUUGGGUAAGUUUUCUAGGUGCUGAGGCGUGCUUGUUGGCUGGAUCAGCUAGGAACGUGUACCACACAAAAAGUCAAGGCAUCUACAAAGAAAAGGAGCUUUCUUGUGCCGUAUUACCCGUUGGGGUCUUUGCUGCUGGAGCUGCUCUGACUCUAAUGUCUUUGAUUUCAACCAUUCUUUACUACUUGGCUCAUUCUAAGGCUGACACUGGUGGAUGGGAGAAGCAUCAGAACGAUGGCAUCGGCAUGACUAGUCCUGAAGAUGCUCCAAAGCAACAGAACACCGAGUUCAACAAGGUAUAACACACUUCUGUUUGGUCUUAUGAUGGCUAUGGUUUUUAAAGACAGGGUCUAUAAACUAUAAACUGUUGUUUGAUAUAAUUGUUCAUAUAAACUUUGUAAUUCUCUGAUGUAAUGUUGGCUUAUUUAUGUGCGUCUAUGAGAGAAA